CACGCAGCGUCUAUUAGCCAGAACCCUGUGACUUGACGUCAAAAGUGAUCUUCCCGUUAGCUGCCAUUGCUUUUUCUCUCCCUCGCAAACUCUCUUCCCCCCCUUCUCUCUCCGUGCGCUUUGAUCCUAAUGAGGGAUGUCAAGACCAUGGCCGACGAAACCAGCAGCAUCGCUACCGACCUGAUCAUCCGGCUCUCUCUGCGCGAGAAGUUGGAUCUGGUCCCUGCUAUAUUUUCCGUGGUUGCUUCUGCUUUCUACCAUGUCAUUGCCGGGUUAUUCCGUGGGAAGACGGGAGCCAAGGGGUACCGAGUCCAUGUCUGGCAUGCUAUUUCCAGGAAAGUGACUUCGCGACUAUCGUUGCGACAGACAUCAUACUUGGAUUUCCCUACAAAGAUUGCAUAUAGAAUAAGUAUGAAAAGUCGAGGUGUGAAACCAGUGUCGCUGUCACUCCCGCAUGGUGCCGCGGGUCAUUGGAUUGGGAACAAAGACGCGAAGAACGUGGUCAUCUAUUACCAUGGUGGCGGAUUCAAUUUCCCUGCGAGUACUAUGCACUUCAGUUUUUUUUACUCCGAAAUAGUCAAGCCGCUGAACAAAGAAGGCCAUGAUGUGGCCUUUUUCUUCCUCGAGUAUACGCUAACUCCGUGCGCAUCCUACCCAACUCAGCUGCGACAAGCCGUUGAGGGACUCCGAUAUAUCCUCGACGAAACAAAACGGCUUCCUUCGUCCGUGAUACUCGGCGGAGACUCCGCGGGAGCGAACCUCGUCAUGGCUGUCCUGCUGCAUCUCUCGCAUCCGCAUCCAGAAAUCGAACCCCUGGAUCUCGAACCUGGCCAGAAACUGGCAGGGGCGUUUGCCUGCGCACCCUGGGUAAGUUUCAGCAUGGAUUGGCCAUCUAUACAGAAUAACAAACACAAGGACAUCAUACAUAUCGAAUGUCUAAGGACGUGGGCAGCGGCGUACCUCAAUGGGAAACAGCCGGAUAACUGGAGUGAACCUAUGCUCGCGCCGACAGAGUGGUGGAAGGAUGUCAUGGCCGAUCACGUCCUGUUCGUUGCUGGUACGGACGAGGUAUUGAUUUCCGGCAUUGAAAUGUUUGUGAAGAAAUUCAAGUCGGUGAACCCGGAGGCAGCCUUCUUCCUUGCGCCCGGAGAGACGCACAUAGCGCAUGUAUAUAGCGCCGCGUUGAGUCACAAGAAACCCCAACAGGGUGAGGCUGUGAAAUCAUGGCUGGAAGAACGUGUUUGAUUUUGGAUUAGCAAGUUUCAUAUAUAUACGGGUUAUUUGGAUGCGCACUGCAUGAUUUCUUGUAAUUGAUUGUUUGGUUCAAGGAUAUGCUGUUGGAGAUGUUGGAGUUCUUCCAGGCGGCGGCGUUGGACUGUUGGUUGUACAUAUUGCACAAGAGGCGAGGGAGAGAAUAACCUGAUCGUGAACCACGGUUGCUGUGGUCACCUCUCACGAGGCAAGCCAGGAAAGCGCAUCGGGUCGCUGUUCCACCGCAUUCGGGCAAAGCCCGGGGAACUCUGAAGUCAUAAUAGAGUCAUUAUUCUUUUC